CUACGUUGAUGGUGUCCAUUCCUGCGAUUUUGCGGCACUCUCUCGCUGUUCGCCUUGCAUGAUUUAACAAACUAAGUAUUAACGGGUCAGAGGAGCAAGAAAAGGAAAUUGGCCUACAGUAAAAAGAUUCGAUGCAUGUGUAGUGUCAAGGAGUGUUUUACAAGCAUGUUGAGACAUCUUCCUUUUCUUUUGCGGUGGAGCAAGUUCAGUUCAGGCAUGUUGAUGGGUGUUUAUUGACUUUGAGAGUCCUACACGCCUCCUCCUUAACAGAUCAUGCAACAUGUGCCGCCCAGAGAAAAAUGACAAGGCCAUGUGGCAUGGCAAACAUGUGAGUGAGGUUUCAUCCAAUCACACAUCUGUAGGGCCUCUAAUCUAUCGCCAAGUUGCAACAUCAACUCUUAAAUCGAUGAUGUCACAUAACGUAACGGAUAGGGCUAAAUAGAGAUUCCCAAUGCUGGAUCAGAAUUCAUCAGCAUAUACUGUAUAAGAGAGCCAGAUUGCUUGUCAUUCUUUCUGGAAUAUUAAUUUCUCUUUUAAAUGUUUUUUUUGUCUUAGUCUCCUCUCUGGUAGUAAAUGGUAAUACUAGGAUGCACGCCGUAGACCACCGAACAGUAGCUCUACCAUGUUAGUAGAGGCACACAAUUGAUCUCAGCCACAUGACAAUAAUGGGCUGCAGGAUUCAAUCUCAUUUGAUGCUUUGGUUGGCAACAUUGACCAAUCUUCAUGGCAAUUCUAGUAGGCCUCCAACUGAAGCAGGGAAGGGAAUGGUAAGGGGUCCUAUUGUCCCUGUAGCAGAGUGGCUAACAGGACAAGCCUACCUUACCUAUCCAUGGAUGCAUACCAAGGAAAGGAUGAUGUGUUAGUUGGCACUCUCUUUUCUCUGCCAACAUUAUGGCUGCAACAAGGGCAAGAUGCAGAUUUUCUGGUGGCCACUCCAUGUGCUGCACCAUCACCUUUGGCCCAACACAAAUGGCUCAUAAUGCUUGCUGGCGCAGAGAGAGCAAUCAAGAUUCCAGCUCUCUUCAUGUGCGCCACUGCUACUUGAUUGUGCUGCUGCUGCUGCUGCUGCCCUCGCUUGCAGUCUUUUGACCAAGGCUGUCUUUCUCCCUCCAAUACUCUAAUGCAACAGUGAGGAACAAUUGCCGGGCUGCCCACAGUUUGAGCUUAUGCAUUAAACAUUCUCCAUACAAGCUGAAAAAUGAGCCAAGAUACCACCCUCAAGAGUUCCCCGAAAUCGCCCGAGGUCGCAUCCGAGGAAGCACAGGACAACAGCAAUGUGAAAGUCAAGGUGCUGAGCGAGAGGCUGUCCUCUGUGGUAUCGGAUAUUCGUGCGAAAGAUGAUCUCGUCAAGCAGCAUUCCAAAGUUGCCGAAGAAGCUGUUCUAGGAUGGGAGAAGGCCGAAAACGAGAUGGCAUCGCUGAAAGCCCAGCUGAAUGCUGCAACUGUCAAGAACUCAACGCUGGAUGGCGCGCUCAAGGAAUGCGUCCGGCAGCUCCGGCGCGCCAAGGAAGAGCAGGACCAAAAGGUCCAGGGCGCGCUGGCACUGCAGUCUCGGCAGUGGGAGUCGGACAAGACCGACCUAGAGCUGCGGAUUGUCGAGCUCAAGGCCAAGCUGGAAGCCAAGUCGGAGCGCUCGGUGGCCAGUGACGGCGAUGCCAGCUCCAGGCUGGCCUCUUUGGAGAAGGAGAAUUCGGCUCUCAAGGCGCAGCUGCUCGCCAAGACGGAGGAACUGGGGCUCAGGACCAUCGAGAAGGAGCUCAACAGGAGGGCGGCCGAGGCGGCCAGCAAGCAGCAGCUCGAGAGCAUCAGGAAGGCGGCCAAGCUCGAAGCCGAGUGCAGAAAACUGCAGGCCACUGCACGCAGACCCUCCUUCAGCAGCGACCUCCGGCGCACCCCGAGCUCCCUCUGUGCCGAGUCGGUGACGGACUGCCAGUCGGACUGCUCCGACUCAUGGGCAUCGGCUCUCAUCACCGAGCUCGACCAGUACAAGACCGAGACGAGGAGUGCAAGCCUAGCAACCGCAGUCGACAUCGGUGUGAUGGAUGACUUCCUUGAGAUGGAGAAGCUUGCGUCAGCCAACGGCGCCGUCUCGAGGAGCAGCAGUUAUGCCGAGGACACCGGUGGUCAGCUGGUGAAGCUAGAGGAGAAGGCCAGGAAGCUGGUGGCCGAGAAGGACAAAGCCUUGCACGAAGCCCAGCGCGAGCUGAGGGCUUGCCGCCAUCGGGCAAUGGUAGAAGAGGAGAGAUCAUGUGAGAUGCAGAGGCAGCUAAAUCUCGUCAAUGGAGAGAGGCAUGCCAUGGAGGCCGAAAUGCAAGACGCGGAGAGGAAGAGGAACGAUCUGGAGGGCAGACUUGAGCUGGCCCAUGGCGAGAUCACGAGCCUGCUGGACAAGGGGCGCAUCCUGGAGGAACGGCUGGACUCGGAGAAGGCGCUAACGCUGGAGCUCGCGGCAAAAUAUCAGCAGAUGGAUGAGCUCGAGUCGGAGACGAAAGAGCUGCGUGCUCAGCUCGAGUCCGACGCCAGAAAAUACAGCGACAAGAUCACCCUGCUAGAGAGGAGGCUCACAGAGAAAUGCCCUGCCGUCGAUGCUCUGGAGGCAAAGAUCAAGGGUGCAGAGAUUGAGCUGGAGCUGGCAGGACAAGAAAUCGUGUCAUUCCAAAAGAAGGUGCGUGGCCUGGAGCAGCAAGAUAAGGCAUUGUCUGUUGAAUCCGCAAAGCGGUGCCGUGAUCUCCAAGCACUGGAAGCAGAGAGAGAUGAGCUCAGAUCUCAACUCCAGGCCGCCAAUUCAGAUGCCUUUGCCCUGAAUGAGAAGGUUAACACGCUUGAAGAGACUCUGGAGAAACAAGGGCCGUUGAUUGCACAACUGGAAUCUCAACUCAAGUCGGCGCAAGCUGAAAUCAAGAGCUUGAAGGAGAAUGCCGGGCAGUUGGAAAUGAAAUUAGAGACGCAGAAGAACUUGUCAUCAGCCUACAUAACUGCACUGGAUGCUUCCGAAGCCCAGAAGAACAAAAUGACGAGCCGGUUAGAGCUCAAAGAGAAAGAAGCAGAGGAAUCGCACAGAAAGAUUUACUUGCUUGAGGAACAAAUUCUCAAAGAGAGAGCAGAAUCGUCGGAGUUCGCCGCACAAUGCCAUGACUUGAAACAGGAAUUGUGCAGCAGAGCUCCAGGUCAUCAGCCAAAACCAAUGGAAGUGAAACCUAUGGCAAGUACAGACCUGCACAUCACAAAGGAGAAAGAGUUAGCUCGUGCUGCGGGGAAACUAGCAGACUGCCAGAAAACAAUAGCGUCACUGAGCGCGCAGUUGAAAACCUUAUCUAACUUUGAUGAAUUCAUCAUCCCUGAUCCUGGGGUUGAGAAUCAUGACAUCGCCUUAGCUGAAAGCUGGGAUGGCGAUCUCAAGCUGUUUGAUUCAGCAAGUUAUCCAGCACAGUUGGGCUGUUUGGCGGUCACAUGAUUGUGGUAGCAAAGAAAGAUUGCAGAAAAUUAUAUGGCUUGGCUGUCACAUAAUAAGAUUGACAGAAUCCUUCCCUGAUUACAUAUGGAGACAAGUUAAUGCGAGUUUAUACAGGUGAGAGCAAAGGCUCAUAUGAAAAAAGCACUGUUCAUAUGGAGAGAUGAAGUGUAUAGCCUUAAGGGAACUGUGUAAAAAUCAAUUUUGGUCAACUAGUCUCAUGAAAUUAUCGAAAUGGUUUUUAACCUCGUC